AAGUCGGGCCCCUCGGCGCCAGCCCGAGGAAGGAGGAUGACGAUUUAAGCCGCCCUCUCGUGCCAGUCCGGCCGCGGGGCGCCCCCGCGGAGCCGCGCCCGGGGAAGUGCCGCAUGGGGCAGGGCCGCUGAAGCGCGGAGUUCGGUGUCUCGCCGUGCCCAAGCGGGCCCGGGCGCCGGGGCGCCACUUGGCACAGUUUCGGCGGCGCCUUCCGCGCGGGAGUUGGGGGCGCGGCGCGCCUACCCGGCCGCCUCGGUGCCUUCGAGAGGCGUGAGUUAUGGAGCCCCCCAGCUGCAUUCAGGAUGAGCCGUUCCCGCACCCCCUGGAGCCUGAACCGGGCGCCCCUGCGCAGCCGGGCCCGGGGAAACCGGGCGACAAGCGGUUCCGUCUGUGGUACGUUGGGGGGUCGUGCCUGGACCACAGGACCACGCUGCCCAUGCUGCCCUGGCUCAUGGCCGAGAUCCGCCGGCGCAGCCAGAAGCCCGAUGCGGGCGGCUGCGGGGCGCCGGCCGCCCGCGAGGUGCUCCUGGUGCUCAGCGCGCCCUUCCUGCGCUGUGUCCCCGCACCCGGCGCGGGGGCCGCGGGGGGCGUCGGCCCCGCGGCCGCGCAGCCCAACCCGGCCGUGUUCAUCUUCGAGCACAAGGCACAGCACAUCUCGCGCUUCAUUCACAACAGCCACGACCUCACCUACUUUGCCUACCUGAUCAAAGCGCAGCCGGAUGACCCCGAGUCGCAGAUGGCCUGCCACGUUUUCCGCGCUACGGACCCCAACCAGGUUCCUGAUGUUAUAAGCAGCAUAAGGCAGUUAUCGAAAGCUGCCAUGAAAGAGGAUGCCAAAGCCAGCAAAGACAACGAGGAUGCCUUUUACAACUCUCAGAAGUUCGAGGUCCUGUACUGCGGGAAGGUGACCGUGACCCACAAGAAGGCCCCGUCGAGCCUCAUCGACGACUGCAUGGAGAAGUUCAGCCUGCACGAGCAGCAGCGCCUGAAGAGCCAGGGCGAGCAGCGCGGGGGCGCGGAGGCGGGCGACGACCCGGUGGUCUUCGACGCCCCAGCCGCGCCAGCCGCAGACGUCCUGUCGGAGGAAGCGGAUGGCGUCCCCGGCCCCCAGCCUGCCUUCCCACCCACGGCCGGCCCGCCCGGGCUGCCCAGCUCUCGAGUUGGCUUCCCGGAGCGAAUUUUGGAAGAUUCUGGCUUUGACGAACAGCAGGAGUUCCGGUCUCGGUGCAGCAGUGUCACCGGAGUCUUGCAAAGGAAAGUCCACGAGAACAGCCAAAAACCACAGCCGCGGAGGAGACACGCCAGUGCGCCGAGUCACGUACAGCCGUCGGAUUCGGAGAAGAAUAGGACGAUGCUGUUCCAGGUUGGGCGGUUUGAGAUUAACCUUAUCAGCCCAGACACUAAAUCAGUUGUGCUUGAAAAGAAUUUUAAAGAUAUCUCUUCUUGUUCUCAGGGUAUAAAGCACGUUGAUCAUUUUGGCUUUAUCUGUCGGGAGUCUCCAGAGCCCGGGCUGAGCCAGUAUAUCUGUUACGUGUUCCAGUGUGCCAGCGAGUCUCUGGUGGAUGAGGUCAUGCUGACUCUGAAGCAGGCCUUCAGCACAGCGGCUGCCCUGCAGAGUGCCAAGACCCAGAUCAAGCUGUGUGAGGCCUGCCCCAUGCACUCCCUGCAUAAGCUCUGUGAGCGGGUUGAAGGUCUCUACCCUCCGAGAGCCAAGCUGGUAAUACAGAGGCAUCUCUCUUCCCUGACAGAUAAUGAGCAGGCAGACAUCUUUGAGCGAGUCCAGAAAAUGAAGCCAGUCAGCGACCAGGAAGAGAAUGAACUUGUGAUUUUACACUUGAGGCAGCUGUGUGAGGCCAAGCAGAGGACCCACAUUCACAUUGGAGAAGGCCCCUCGACUAUUUCAAAUAGUACAAUCCCAGAAAAUGCAACAAGCAGUGGAAGGUUCAAACUUGACAUUCUGAAAAAUAAAGCUAAGAGAUCUUUAACUAGCUCCCUGGAAAAUAUCUUCUCAAGGGGAGCUAACAGAAUGAGAGGCCGGCUUGGAAGUAUGGACAGCUUUGAACGGUCCAACAGUCUUGCUUCAGAGAAGGACUAUUCACCAGGAGACUCUCCGCCAGGGACACCACCGGCCUCCCCGCUGUCCUCAGCUUGGCAAACAUUCCCUGAAGAGGAUUCCGACUCCCCCCAGUUCCGAAGGCGGGCCCACACGUUCAGCCACCCACCGUCAGGCACCAAGAGAAAGCUGAAUGUACAGGACGGGAGAGCUCACGGCGUGCGCUCCCCUCUUCUGAGGCAGAGCUCCAGCGAACAGUGCAGCAUUCUUCCAUCAGUUCGGCGCAUGCCCAAGGAGAGUAAUCCUUCCUCCAGUCUUCCAAGUCUUCACACUUCCUUCUCUGCCCCUUCCUUCACUGCCCCCUCUUUCCUGAAAAGCUUUUACCAGAAUUCAGGUAGACUGUCCCCACAGUAUGAAAAUGAAAUCAGACAGGACACUGCUUCAGAAUCAAGCGAUGGAGAGGGGAGGAAAAGGACCUCGUCUACUUGCAGCAACGAGUCCCUAAACACCGGAGGAACCCCGGUCACCCCUCGUCGAAUCUCCUGGCGGCAGCGCAUUUUCCUCAGGGUUGCUUCUCCCAUGAACAAAUCUCCCUCAGCAAUGCAGCAGGAUGGACUGGACAGGAACGAGCUGCUGCCUCUGUCCCCUCUUGCUCCAACCAUGGAGGAGGAACCGCUCGUUAUAUUCAUGUCUGGUGACGAUGAGGACCCAGAGAAAGCUGAAGAAAGAAAGAAGUCAGAGGAACUGAGGAGUUUGUGGAGAAAAGCAAUACAUCAGCAAAUCUUGUUGCUUCGAAUGGAGAAAGAAAACCAGAAACUUGAAGCAAGCAGAGAUGAACUCCAGUCCAGAAAAGUUAAACUAGACUAUGAAGAAGUUAGUGUAUGUCAGAAGGAGGUCUUACUAACGUGGGAUAAGAAGUUGAUGAACUGCAGAGCUAAAAUCAGAUGUGAUAUGGAAGAUAUUCAUAUUUCUCUUAAAGAAGGUGUUCCCAAAAGUCGCCGAGGAGAAAUCUGGCAGUUCCUAGCUUUGCAGUACCGGCUCAGGCACAGAUUGCCCAAUAAACAGCAGCCUCCUGACAUUUCCUAUAAGGAACUUUUAAAGCAGCUCACCACUCAGCAACAUGCCAUUCUUGUGGAUUUGGGAAGGACAUUUCCUACUCACCCUUAUUUUUCGGCACAGCUUGGGGCAGGGCAGCUGUCACUCUUUAACCUCUUGAAAGCCUACUCAUUGCUGGACAAAGAAGUGGGUUACUGUCAGGGGAUCAGCUUUGUGGCCGGAGUCCUGCUGCUGCACAUGAGCGAAGAACAAGCCUUUGAGAUGCUGAAAUUCCUCAUGUACGACCAGGGCUUCCGCAAACAGUACAGGCCUGACAUGAUGUCGCUGCAGAUUCAGAUGUACCAGCUGUCCAGGCUCCUUCACGACUAUCACAGAGAUCUCUACAAUCAUCUGGAAGAAAAUGAAAUCAGCCCCAGUCUUUAUGCUGCCCCCUGGUUCCUCACACUGUUUGCCUCUCAGUUUCCACUAGGAUUUGUAGCCAGAGUUUUUGAUAUUAUUUUCCUUCAGGGAACUGAAGUUAUAUUUAAGGUUGCACUCAGUCUGCUGAGCAGCCAGGAGGCACUUAUAAUGGAAUGUGAGAGCUUCGAAAGUAUUGUCGAGUUUCUUAAAACCACGCUACCUGAUAUGAAUACAUCUGAAAUGGAAAAAAUUAUUACCCAGGUUUUUGAGAUGGAUAUUUCUAAACAGCUUCACGCCUAUGAGGUGGAAUACCACGUGCUGCAGGAUGAGCUUCAGGAGUCCUCGUAUGCCUGUGAGGAUAGUGAGCCCCUGGAAAAGCUGGAGAGGGCCAAUAACCAACUGAAAAGACAAAACAUGGACCUCCUAGAAAAGUUGCAGUUAGCCCAUGCUAAAAUCCAGACCUUGGAGUCCAAUCUGGAAAACCUUCUGACCAGAGAGACCAAAAUGAAGUCUUUAAUCCGGACUCUGGAACAAGAGAAAAUGGCUUAUCAAAAGACAGUGGAGCAGAUCCGGAAGCUGCUGCCCACUGAUGCGCUCGCCAAUUGUGACUCUCUGCUGAGGGACCUCAACUGCAACCCUAACCACAGAGCCAAGACUGGAAGCAAGCCAUAAGUGAGGGAGGCCCUCUCAGCAGGGCGGGCUCUUAGACCGGCGAGGAAGUGGGGAGCGUGUGCUGCCGGCCCAGCGCUGGGCACCGGAGUGGACAGGCUGGAGUCCGUUGCUGCCGCGCCCGCGUCCUAGCUGGGGGACCCGGCUCUUACUAGAGAACGCCGAUCCUACGUCAUUGUACAUAUGUAGACUGUCUUUUUCUGUUAUUGUUGACUAUGUACAUACAUAUAAAAUGGACACAAAGAGUUCAUGCUUUCAGAUCAGAAGAGUAGAUGUAUAUUUAGUGAAAUUUUUUAAAUCCAAACUUCAUGAAAUCCACACCAAAGGGAAGUUAAAAUGAAAUUCCCCUUGGACAUAUGUGAAAUCAUUUUGUCUUUGUAGUGAAACAAAGCUAGAGCAUCUUUGUGUAUUGAAAUAUACUUGAAAAAAAUGAAUGUAUUUUUUUCUCCAAAGAGCAGCAUGUUUCACUCUGGUGGAGAGGUAGAAACAUCUGUAUAACUUUAUGUGUAUCUGUCUUAAAAUCUACUGACAUUGUGUAUAUCUGAUUGCCAAUCAUGCUCCUAUGAGUUUUUCAGGAAGGUGGGGGCCUUCCUCCCCUGCUAGCUCUGUGCCAACUAGCAUGUCAUGUCUACAUGCGUUUUGAGCCAGGCGAGGCAUUACUUCGGACGUGUGUUGAGAAAGUAAGACGUAGUGGAGCCUACCCACCCAGCUCAAGGUGAAAGAGAGUGUUGCUAAUUCUCUAGCAAAUCAGACCAGCAUUGUUACUCACACUAAAAAUAUCAGGCCUCCAAAACUUAAUUUAGGACCUAAAUUGUCUAGAUCAACUUUCUACUUUUUUAAUUUAAAUUACUGCUCAUAGUCCCUUUUUACUUGGUGCCAUAAUUGGUGAAAAAGAUUUGUCAUUUUCCCACAAAUGGGAACUCCUAAUUUAGUUCUCUCUACCUGCAACGGAAGAUAGGGAAAUGCAAUUAUGAUUGGUUUUCUAAAGAUAAUAUGCUGUAUUGACUUUUUUUUUAAUUGUUGUUGCCAAUGGACAGAAUCUAAUAAGCUCUCGAUCAUCUUUCCCUUGUAUGUGAAAGUUUGUGCGAAUUGGGGGAUGUUUGAGAAUUAACUGUUGAAAUCCGCUGGAGAGAAGUGGAAAGUGGCCACGGGCCCAUCUAAGAGCUACAAUUCUGCAUUUGAAGUCCCAGCUUCCUCAGGCCGCAGCUUAUUAGAGGACAUUCAUGCACGUCGGGUGUAUGGAAGGAGAGUAAUUUUCAGAGCACACAUGCAGUUCUCCAUUUGAGAUGAGUCUAGGUAGCGCCUCUGGAAGUUGACGCAGCAUUUUUGCCUCUCCAAACAAUAUGUAUCAUCACUGCUUUUUGCAGUACUUCUCGCAGAUGGAUUAUCUAGGAUAAUUUUCUUCAGAAGGAGUUUUUUUUUUUUUUUUAACACAAGCUACAGUAUAUUAUAGAGUAGAAGAAAGAGCAAAGCUCUCAAGGUUUGGGAAAACCUUGAAGAGCGGACGAUAAACCUCUAACCCCCCCCCCCCGCCUUUACACUGUUACUCAGUAUAAAUGUAAUGAUUCUUAUUACAAAUCAGCAUGCCCUCUAAUCCAGGAAAAUAAAGUCUUAUUAGGGAAGUUAAUGUAAUUGCUAGUUUUAGGAAAUGUUGAUUCUAGGUGCCCUAUUAAGUUGGGAUUAUCAGCUGAUUUGUUUCUUGGAUUCCCCCAGAUUUCUCUGUUUGUAGGAGAGGUUUUUUCCUAUGAGGGAUAUGACAAAUAUCAUCUACUUACUAAUUACCUUAUGUGUGUUAUAUACAGGUGGUAGCCAAAGAAUCUUUAAGUUGGGAAAAGAAACUUUUCCUUUCAGUUCAAAGUAAAUUCUAUUCUGGAUAUUCAAAGUGAGCGUUAUGAGUUGCAUUAUGGUGUUCAGAGAUUAAGGUGUUUUGGAUACAAUAUUUCUUCUGAAAAUGAAUUUUCUUUUUCGUUUGUGAUUUUUUAAAUGUUGCACCAGUUAUGUUUUAUGUAUUGUUACAUCUUCAUCAGAUUAAUGUAAUGUCUAGUUCAUUUCCAAUAAAUACAUUGCUACAGUUU